AUGAAGGAACUCUUUGAUGUUGCUGUUAUUGGGGCCGGCUUGGCUGGCAUCCUUGCUGCCCGCGAUCUGAGCCAGAAAGGCCAUUCCGUGGUUCUCCUUGAGGGACGUGACCGAAUCGGCGGGAGAACCUAUACGACUGAGGCCUUCGGUGAUCAGGUAGAGCUCGGAGGUACCUAUGUACACUGGACGCAUCCUACCAUCUGGCAUGAGUUACAGCGCCAUGACAUUUCAAUUUUGCCGCCUCUCAAUUCAGAAAAGACCUACUGGUUGGCAGAUGGCUCCGUACACUCUGGUACUGCUGCUGAGUACUUCGAGACGGUCAAUCCGCUUAUGAUGCAACUGGUUGGCGAUGCCCGCGAAAAAUUCCCGGCUCCAUUCCAAGUCACCAAUACCACUGAAUCCGACGAACAGUCGAUUCAGGAUCGUAUCCAAUCGAUGAAGCUAUCCACUUAUGAAUCCGAUGUCUUGAAAGGUACCAUGUCAGGUCUCGUUCACUCUUAUAGUGAACAGGGUAUUGCGCAGCUCCUACAGGGUGUUUCUGGAACCUUUGGAGAUUAUAGUGGCUUCUUCGAGACGGCCAGCUUCUGGCAUUUAGUGGGGGGUACUAAACGCCUGGCUGACGCGAUUAUGGCCGAGUCCUCAGCUACAGUACGCCUAUCGACACCAAUCCAAUCGAUUUCAGACAACGGAUCUCACCCAACAGUAACAACACGCUCCGGUGAGAAGAUUAAUGCCCGGUUUGUUAUUACCGCACUACCGAUAAAUACUCUUGGAGACGUGACUAUUACCCCGGAACUGCCCGAAGCAGCGCGGAUCAUGAUCGAGGAAAAGAAUCCUGUGGUGGCAAGCAAGAUCUAUGUACGAGUGAAAGGCGAAAUAGAGCCAUUCAUAGCUUUUGCUCCCGCUGGAAAGCACCCGAUCAAUUCGGCGCGAGUUGAGAAGCGCCACGAUGGCGACACACUUAUCAUGUGUAUCUGUUCGGAUGCCGCCGCUAUUAAAGCGGAUGAUCAUGAUGCAGUGGAAGCGGCCCUGCGGGCUUUUGUUCCGGACAUCAAGGUCGUCGACACAGCUAGCUAUGACUGGGCAGCCGAUGAGUUUUCCCAGGGUGGCUGGGGAUGGUAUCGGCCCGGUAUGUUAACAGAGGCUGCACCUCUGAUGCGGCAGCCCCACGGCCGGAUUUAUUUUGCAGGCAGUGAUAUCGCUUCCCUCGGCGCCGGCUUCAUCGAGGGUGCCAUGCAGACGGCGGUUGUCGCCGCUCGUGAGGUUGCUGCCGCACUGGCCAAGGAAAAGGCCUAA